GGCUUUGUGAGCGACUUCACGAUUCGUGAUUUCGAUUAGCUGUUCAACUCCGUCAAAGGCAGGCAUGCUUUCUUGAUGAAGGUGUAUUUAAUUAUUGUUUAUAGCACUGCGUGAAGCGGAAAUUCCGCCGGGUUCUGACAGCGCAAAUCGAUUGUCUAUUUCCUUUCGUAAAUCAUUAUGUUUGAAAUAAAAGGCAAGCUCUCUCGUGACUUGGUAGUCUUGCAAUCCGUAAACUCUACGAAUACACCAAUCGGGAUGUUUUUGCUCAAAAUGGCAGUGGUGUUACUUGAAGUGAUGCUUACGCUUGCGUCCGAUAAACCCAUACCAAGACGAGAUGCCGAGUAUCCACCAGCGUACGUACUUGAGAUUUCCAAAAAGCCUCACAAAAUGUGCGUAGCCAGUACAGGAGUUAGCGAAGAUGCUAUCAAAAGGUUUAGCGAUGAAGACAUUUUCGAGGACGACGAGAAGUUGAAAUGUUACAUGCAGUGCCUUUUCGAAAAAUUUCGAUACACGGAUGACAAAGGGGAGUUACAUUUGGGCAAGGUAAUGGAUUCAAUACCGGAAGAAUAUGAGGACAUCGCCCUUAAAAUGGGCUCCAAAUGUUUAAAACCCAAAGGAAAAACGCUGUGCGAGCGUGCGUUUUGGUUUCAUAAAUGUUGGAAAACCUCUGAUCCUGUGCAUUACUAUUUGGUUUAAACUGAAGCCGAGGAAACAGUAAGUUUUCUAUAUCCUGCAAAACAUAUUUAUUGUAUUCAAAGACUAAAAUGGUGGCUGAAUAAACUAGUUAAAAAACUUCAAAA